AUGUCUACCCGCAAGAGAAAGCAGGACCCCGAGGAGGAGCUCCAGGCGCUCCCUAGCGACGAGAGCGAAGAGGAAGAGGAGUAUGAAGACUCCGAGCCCGAAGCCUCGGGCGUGAGCGACGAAGGCGAAGACGAGGGCGAAGAAGGCUCUCAAUCUGAAGACGAGGACGAAGAUGAGGGAGAAAGUGGUGAUGAAGGCCCUCCCAAACCCAAGAAACAGAAGACCGAGGCGGCCCCUGAACGGGGCGUCGAGAACGGGACUAAUGGAGACAAGAAGGACGACGAGGAGGAGGUAGAGGGUGAAGAAGAAGAGGAAGAAGAAGCUCCUGCUGAGACGGCUGAGACGAGUGCGCCUGCGGCUGCUGCCGCUAAGGCUAAGGGUGAUCAGGUUCCGAAGGAGGCUGAUCUGCCUGAAGUCGAGGCUGAAGAGUAA